CUCUUAAUUUCGGAUGAAGGGAAAAGAGAAGGGAGGGUGAGGAGAUUUUAAUCACUCCUGUCGCUUUAAGGACACAUAUCAAAGCCUUAUUAUGCGAAUUGAAAAUACCAUGAGCCAGUGAGCCAACUGAGCAGCCAGGGGACGGACUAGAGUGGAUUUCUAGGGGAAACUCAACAUUAUCUGAGCUGGAAGAGAGCGCUUCAUCGCCUUGUGGAGUUUGAUUUCGCACUGGAUGGUUGGCUUAUCCGGACGGUUCGGCUAAUUUUUUUGGGGGGGAAUAUUGCGCAGAAGUACAGCUCUCUGACUUGGGAUCCUUUACCCCCCUUGAAGCGUGGAUUGGAAUAUCAGGUUUUUUUUUUUUAUUUAGGAAAAAAAAGUCAACGCGUCGCCUGCGGGAUUAUUCGCCCACUCGUACGUGUUGUUUCGGACGGAUAGUAUCCCGAGCUCUCCGUGGCUGACAGCCCUGGAUCAUGGGUUGGGGUGGCGGAAAAGAACAGCGGCCAGCGACAUGAUUCCUCUGCGCCGUCUGCGGUAAGCUGCGUGGUCAGGCUAGAACAUCGCUGGCCGAUUCAACAAAAGUUACGGAGCGGCUGGAAUUUGCGGAUUUUUUGCCACAGUUUCUCCGGGUUUUUUUUUUUUUUUUGCACCUGCUUUAACGGACGCCGCGUCGACACAGUGCGGGAUUCGUGACGGAAAAAAAGCGUGCGGAUCCGCGCGGCUUCGCCCGCUUCUCCCCCCCCCCGCCGCCUGUGUGGGAUACUUGGAACAAUUGCUCGCCGUAGUGGAAAUCGGGGAGGUUUGUACUCAAGGUCACGGGGUGUUUUCAGGCGUUAUUUGCGUUCCCAUCCACACUAACGCACACUGACGCCCGCAAACACACAUACACACACACACACACGCACACAAACUCAGGCGCACGCGCUCAUGCACAGGCACGCGCGCGGCGCUAUCCGCACGCUCUAGCGCAGCCUCCUAUCCUCGGUCCAGUGUGUGUUAUUUGUUAUUAUACGGUUCCGCGAGUCUGUGGGCGUGCACGUCCUGUGGAGUUUUUUUUUUUCUUUCUUUCCCCCCCACCCCUCCUUUUUUCUUUUAUUUUCACCCUGCAUGCAAGCUCUUUCCAAUAACAUGGAUGGGAAACUGAAGCAGGGUCGGAGAUGCCGGGCAAAGCGGGAGAGGGUGCGGAGGCUGCGGGAGCCGGCCAGCAAAGACGCCCGCAGCCCCGAGCCCAACUCCUCCUGUUCUGACAGGGAGGGACAGAGUCCCGGGAGAGACGCCGCCUCCCCGGCCACUAAAAAAGCGCCUCACCCCGCGGCCGCGGCCAGAGCCCCGCGCCCACCUGGCCGGAAGAGACGGGAGUCCAGCUCGCAGGAGGAGGACAUCAUUGAUGGAUUUGCUAUUGCCAGCUUCAUCAGCCUGGAACGUCUGGAGAAGAAGACCGGUACCAUGAAGAAAGAGAAGAAGGAGUGGUGGAAGGAGAAGAAGUUGGCGAAGCGGCAAAAGACGGAAGAUGAGAACAAAGAGGAGGAGGAGGAGAACGUGCAGCCGGUGGUGGAUCCUCUGGAGAAUGGCUUCCUUCACCACGCUCAGCGGGAGCAGGAGAGGAUGAACGAGAGGCUGCUGAAGAAGACUUACUCCAAGAAGAACAAAAUGAUCAAACCAUUGGCCCCACGUCCGGUCAAACUACGAGAGGACGAGGCUUUGCAAGAACUCAGUCGCCCGCACAGGAGCAACUCCAAGGAGCAGCUCAGCGAGAGCUCCACUCACUCUCUGUCAGGCCACGGCUACUCGGUGCAGCCAGCAGCAGUGGCCCUCCACAAGUGUGACAGCGAAAGUGACAUUGACGACAAGGUAUCUGAUGUAGGAUCAGAGAAGCUCUUUUCCCCCACCACACCCAAAGGUGUGCCUGCGAAUGAGAGCUCCGUGUCCAAGACUUGCAGCUUAGCCAAAGUGUCGGGACUCCAGCGCAGCCAGGAGCAGAGCCACACUGAGGUGCCCUUCGCACCGCCCGUGCCUAGCCCCACCCCGGCUUCGGCACCGACGGGCUCCCCUGCGCUCGCAGCAGCGGCAGCCCCCCCUGAGCCUCGUGGGUCACGCCUUCUCACCCCUCCCGCCCUCAGCAUUAAGAAGGAACAGAAAGCUCCACCCCCUGCCCCAACCCCACCACUGCUGAAGGCGCCGCCUCACCCCCAGCCUCACCCUCCCCACCCGCACUCGCACCAGGAGCCCCGCGUGCUGCCCGCCCCGCCGCACCACGCGCGGCCAUUGAUCGGCCACCAGGUGCAUCAGCCUCUGCAGUACAACAGCCUCCACGACAUCAGCCACAGCAGCAGUCCACUGGGUCUUGCCAAACAGCACUUGCCCCCAUCCCCUCAUCACCACCUCAGCGGGCUCCCAUCCUCAGCCCCCGCCUUACCUCUGUCCAUAGCGAACCUAUCUACCUCGCACUAUUCCUCCCUCCGGAGUCCAGCCCAUCGGCAUUCGGCCAUGUUUGCAACCCCAGCCACACUGCCGCCACCGCCGACCUUACCGACCAACAGUUUAGUGGUGCCUGGACACCCUGCCGGCACCCCCUACCCAGAGCAUGACCUCCUGAGGCAGGAGCUGAACAACCGCUUCCUGGUUCAGAGUUCAGAGCGGGGCCGGGGGCCGUCCGCUUCGCCGCUGGCCCCCGUGUCGCUCCUGAGGGCCGAGUUUCACCAACACCAGCACAUGCACCAGCACCAACACACCCAUCAGCACACCUUCACGCCCUUCCCCGCCAGUCUGCCCCCGGCCGCCAUCCUCACCCCGCCCACCGCACCCCCCAUGGUGCGUACCCAAGCCAGAAAUUUCGACAAAUACACCCCCAAACUGGACAAUCCAUUCAUCAGACAUUCAAACUUCUUCCCCUCCUACCCCCCAACCAUGCCAGGCAUGCCCCCGCUGCUCCCACACUCAGGACCCUUCAGCUCGCUGCAAGGAGCCUUCCAGCCUAAGGCUUCUAAUCCCAUUGACGUAGCAGCGCGCCCUGGAGCGGUCCCUCACACACUUCUGCAGAAGGAUCCACGGAUGAGUGAUCCAUUCAGGACAUCUGUUAGGAAACCUGGCAAGUGGUGUGCAGUACAUGUCCAGAUUGCAUGGCAGAUCUACCACCACCAGCAGAAAAUGAAGCAAAUGCAGCUUGACCCGCACAAACUAGACAUGAAUGGGAAGCUGGACCUGUUCAGUCGACCCCCGGCCCCAGGAGUCUUCCCGGGGUUCCCGUAUCCCCACGACCUGGCACGGCCCCUGUUCCCCUCCACAGGUUCCUCACACCCUGCACCCUCCCCAUAUGGCCCCGCCCCCCAUCCCAGUGGCUUCCUGCCUCCAGGCCAUUUGGCUGGUAAGUAUCCUUUCAGUCGCUCCAGUUCCUUUGGCGGCCUCGGCAACCUUUCAACCAGUGCCUUCGGAGGAUUAGGCAACCCCUCGCUUGGGUCCAACAGUGUGUUUGGUUCCAAGGAAGGGCCAGGAGGACUGCCCACUUUUGGCAGCCCCCACCAUGACACCUGGAACAGGCUCCGACGGACGCCGCCAUCUUUCCCCACCCCACCACAGUGGCCCAAAACUGGAGAGGCUGAGCGAAGCAGUUCAGCUAACAGCCACGACCGAGAGCGCGACAGAGAACGAGAGCGCGAGAGGGACAGAGAGAAGAGAGACUCAUCCAUCGGUAAAGAGGAGAAGGAGAAGGAUCGCAGAUGCUGCAGUGGGCUGAUUGAACAAUACGUUCCCUUCUAUUGUUGCAGGGAUUCUGUGGAUCGCAACCGCCACUCCAACCGCUCCUCUCCUGCCUCGGCGCCAGUCAGCUACCAGAUCAGCAGCUUGAUUCGCUCAAACAGCCAGAACUCCAGUGAUUCGGGUCGGCACCACAGCAGCAGCGUCGACCGGGUCCGUGAGGCGGAGAAAGAACUGCUAGAGCGCCAGAGGGAGUCGUCUCUAGCUGACGUGAAGGUGAAGGAGAGCCGUUCACCAGGAAAGGAGAUGCUGGAGAGGCGGGCCUCGGAGGACUCCAUCAAACCCACUCAGCGUUCCCCAUCUCCCUACUCCAAGGCCAUGGUCAAUGAGCAAAGCAUGAAGAUGAGCGGUGGGCUUCCAGCUGCGAUCAAGGACAGUGAGAGGAAGGAGCCGCCGUCUGCGGAGCUCCUCCACAAAGUGAAAAACGGCAUGAAGAUUAAGGAGGAGAGAAAAGAAGAGCAAGAGGUCAUGGUGGUAAGUUCCGAGCCAGCGCCGCAGCCUGCCGCCCAGGUCCUUCCUGCACCUGUCAGCCAGCCAGGAAACCCCCACCACCACCACCCACCUUUGUCUCAGCAGCAUCCUCUCCCGUCACCCCGCGGUAGUGAUAUCCCAGCACCAGGCCUGCACGGUGUCCCCAUGUCACACUCUCUUCCCCUUUCCAUGAGUGCCAUGCCUCAAAUGGGCAGCCUCAACGUACUGGACAGAGCUCGCAUGGCUCCGUUUAUGGGAGUGAGCCCACUGGCAGGACGGGAGCGCCUGCCGCACGCUGCCUUCCCAUGGGACCCGCUUCGAGAGGCCUACCGCAGCCUGGACCUGCAGCGGCGCAUGGACUUCCAGCUCAGGGCCGAGCAAAGUCACCGCUUCCCCAGCGUUUACGAGCAGGAGCGCGCCUACCGCGAGAGGGAGGCUCACGACUACUCCCACCACGAGCAUCUGUUGGAGGUGCGCAGGGAGCACGAGAGGAUGCGGCAACAGGCCGAGGAACGAGAACGCCUCCACCUGAGGGAAGAGCUCGACAGGGCACGCCUUCAUCAGCUGCACCAGUCCCCAAUGGAGGGCCAUAUCCCCCACAUGCCCCCCUUUAUGCCCCACUUAGGAGGCAUGCCGUACCCAAGACUAAGCCCCUCUACAGGACACAAUGGCCCUCUGAACAGAACGCCCCCUACCGCUGCACUAAGUGCUCCCCCACCUCUUGUGCCAGCUGGCAGUGGCCGGCCAGCGUCACCCAGGAGGACUACCCCCCUCACCACCCAGGACCCGAGAGACUAUUCCCCAUCUCGCAACCCCAAAGAAGUAGAGGCUCGGUAGCUUCUGGAAACUCACAAGCCUCACUUGUUUUAUGGAAUACCAUGAACAAAAAUGGACUGCUCGUCCUCUGAGAAGAGCGAAACUCCCUAAGGGAAAGGGUCUGAUUGUACAAAGUAAAGGUGUGUAAGGCUUAACAAAGCACAUGCCAUGGCUAUUUUUAGUGAACUGGGUGUUCAAUAAUGUCGGUAAAGAUAACACAAAUGUGUGUAUCCUUAUCCCGACUUUAAUAUUUGAUAAUUAUUAAUAUAUUAAUCCAAUACCUUAUUUCUGCUUUGUGCCGAAAGGAGAGGUCCUAAAUAAGUUUGUACAUUUCCUAUCCUUGUUCCAUGUAUAGGUUUGAUUUCUAUGAAUUUUAUGUAUUUUGUGCAUUAGUCCUGCCUUUUACAAUAUUUAUCCCAGUCUAUUGUGAGACAUAUCCUUUAUGAUAAGGUAAAGACUUGACUUUAGAUUCAACCAUCAGUAAUUUAACCUCAUGGUACCUGGAGAUCCUCAAUGAUGACAAUGUACAUUGCUACAUUAUCAACUUAUUUUGUUCAUUUGGUUUGCCUUUGAGAUAUGCAGAUAAAUAAAUAUAUAUAUAUAAAUAUAAAUAUAUAAUUAUAUAUAUAAUGUUUGUUCAGUCUCUGUAAAAAAAACUGAUGUAAAUAACCUGUUGAUAUUCUUUGCUGCGAGAUUGCGUUGUAAAUUUAUUAGUCUUUUUAACCAUUUCUAGAAAACUGAAAUUAAAUGAAAUAAUGUGGAAUCACCUGCCUGUUGAAUAUCAUGGUGUCAAACAACCGGCUGAUGGACGGGAAUUAUGAAAGGGGGGAGGGGGGGGGGGUUGUUGUACGGAAGCCUAGAUGAAUCGUCUGCAAUCUAUGCAAAGCAGCACAGAGCACCCUAACAAAGAAAUCUACUGGAACUGGAACAUACUGGAGAAGCUGAGAGAAAACUUGGAUUUAGCACAUGUUCAUAUGUACCAAUGAAAUCAUCUGGAUUCUUAAAAGACUUCCAAGUCAGAAACUGGACCAGCUCCAAACAGGAAGGAACACUGUUCGGGGGGGGGGGACAUCGAAAGGACUUUAUCUGUCAACCUUGUGGUGUUGUGCAGUUGUUUUUCUUAGACUCUUGUAUACAAAAACAGUAGAGUUUUAGGCGUGGAAAAAAAAAAGAAAAAUGAACAUUCAUGGUUUAAAAUGUACGGAAUAAAGUUUGGACCUAAUGUCAAACA